GCUUUUCACACUACAAGUUAACACUACCGCUUCACUUUUUGAGGAAAAUGAAGCAUAUGAGAAAUAACAUGUUUGAUUUCUUCUUGUGUUUGCUUUACGCUGUGGCCACAACUGGUACAGUGUCAGCGACAACAUCAUCUUCGGCGUUGGAGUACUCAAGUGUUAAAAUCAGCCCAGCAUUAGCGAUAGUACUCGCUUGUGUCGUAUUAUUCGUGGUUGCAUUUUUCAUCACAUUAUAUAUACGUCACAUGAACCCCGACGAACCAAUGGGUUCUUACUUCUUCCGUCAUCGACCAGUUUCCCGUGGACUCGAACCUAAUAUCAUCGAAACUUUGCCGGUAUUUGUGUACUCCGAUGUCAAAGCCGUAAAGAUUGGCAAAUCUAUCCUAGAAUGUGCUGUUUGCUUAAACGAGUUCGAAGAUGAAGAUACUCUUCGCCUUCUUCCGAAUUGUUGCCACGUGUUCCAUCCUGAGUGCAUUGAUGCUUGGCUUGCCUUUCGUACCACUUGCCCAGUUUGCCGUGCAAAUCUCAAAACAAAACCUUCUGCUAAACUGCAAGAAACAAUUCAGCAAUCAGAGAAUGUUAGCUCAGUUUCAUCACUAGAAACAAAUGAUGCAGUAAUAGAUAUUCACGUGACUGCUGGUCCACAGGAAGUGAUGAACCAGCAGUCUUCUCAAACACCCGUUCAUAUUUGUUCAACAAAAUCUACACCAAGAAAUAAAACACCCAACUUCGCCCGCCUUGCACCAAAAUCAACCACUGCUAGAAUUCCUGCAUAA